GAGGAGGAGAAACUGAGGCCAGAGAGGGCAGGAGGCUCUCCUAGGGUACCCAGCGCGUCGGUCUUCGAAAACUCAGGGUUGAACGAACAUGUAACCUUAGAAUAGCGACUUAGCCGCCCUCCUCCCACUUUGUAGAUGGGGAAACUGAGGCUGCAGAGGAAGGGGACCCGCAGAAGGGCUCGGUGAGUGCAGCAGCGUGAGUUUGGCAGGGAACUCCCGUUGUCACUGCUGAAGACGGCUCAGAAUCACCCCAUGUUAGUGGAGCUUAAAAACGGGGAGACAUACAAUGGCCACCUGGUCAGCUGUGACAACUGGAUGAACAUCAACCUGCGCGAGGUGAUCUGCACAUCGAGGGAUGGGGACAAGUUCUGGCGCAUGCCCGAGUGCUACAUCCGCGGCAGCACCAUCAAGUACCUGCGCAUCCCCGAUGAGAUCAUUGACAUGGUCAAAGAAGAGGUGGUGGCCAAGGGUCGUGGCCGUGGUGGCCUGCAGCAGCAGAAGCAGCAGAAAGGCCGUGGCAUGGGGGGUGCUGGACGAGGUGUGUUUGGCGGCCGUGGCAGAGGCGGGAUCCCAGGCACUGGCAGAGGUCAGCCAGAAAAGAAGCCUGGCAGGCAGGCGGGUAAACAGUGAGCUGGCCCGGCGACCCCCAGAGACUAAGCCCUUCCCCAACAGGCUCCAGUCCAUGAGUCUGUUCAGAACAGAA